CUGGGAAAGUCCUCGUACUUGGGGAAGAAUUACGAAAUAUUCAGACUUUCCGCAUUUCACUUGUCAAUUUUCCUGGUGGAUGAGUCCUUCGGUGAUUCAGGAAUAAUAUCAGGAAAUACCGAGAUGACAUUGAAGGCUCUGCUGAAUUGGGGAGGUUUUGGUAAUUUUGGAAAACCUCAGUACACUCCAGUUGAACGGUGGCAUGGUGGGUACGUAGGUCGUGGAGGACAUGGAAGCUCUUGGGACCACAAGGCCCAUGGACAUGGGCAUUACAAAAAGGGUGGCGGCAAAGGAGGAGGUGGAAGUGCAGCCUUGAGUGCAUUGACACUCCUGGCAUUCCUGUUUCUUCUCAAUGUCAUGCAGCAAUCUAUUAAUGACAACAACGCAACUGUAGUAACAACAACCGCGGCUACAAUAUUUUUACGAGACGUAGGCAGUGAUCUCACCGCCAGAGAAGAAGGUAUUACCCCAAAGCCGAGGAUUUCGAGGGAAGCCCGAGAUUUCGACGAAUAUGGGGAUGAACCACCCCCUCAGGAGACCGAGAAAGGAGACACCUUUGGGUUCGAUCCUCAUCCCCCAUGUUCCCGAUAAUCCUCAUCCCCAGAGUUUCAGAGUUCCACGGAAUGAACUCGAUAAAUUAUUUAUUCAUUUAUUCACUUAUCCAUUUUCUCUUUUCCAUUUUUUAUAUCAAAACAUUUAUAAAUACAUGAUCGUCCAAUAAGUAAGGAAUAUUUAUUAUUUUAUUGAAAAAUUAUUAAAAUAAAUAAAACAUCUAUUAUUUAACGGAUCAUCCAAUAAG